AUGCGCUCUCCAGUCAUCGCCACCUUUGCUGCUUUCACCUCUCUGGCCAUGGGCUCUCCUGUUCCUCAUCAAGCACGCCGUCCCACCAUCUCCCUCCCCGGCCCACUCCAAGAUUCCGCCGGCAAUCUUUCCCCCGCCUUUGCCUCUCUAUCCCAAUUGACUCACUCCUCCAACUCGGCACCCCUCCUAGGUCCUAGUCUACCUUCUGAUCCAUUGGGAAGAGCAGCCGCCGCUGUCAAUGUCGAUAUGAGUCAUCUUGCGUCUUCGCCCAACUUCGGCUCUGUGUCAAAAGCAGUGGAUACGUCGAAGUUUCCUCACGAGAUGGACAGCACGGCGAACGUCUUGGACACUUCUGCUCCUUUCAAGAAGACCUCCGAUACUACCAAAAAGUUGGAUCCGGCUACCUCUAAGACGUCUCUACAAUCGCAGGACAAGACUAAAGUGCUGGAUACAUCAAAGAUUGAGAAGAUGGAGACACCACCGAAAAUAAUCGAUGAUCCUAAAUUCUCCGCGAAGAUGGACGGCGAUAAGAUUGUUCAGCCUGUGAUGACCACACCUCCAUCUGACACCAAUGUGGUCAACACGAACCAACCCUCUCAAGUCGAUUCGACUAAUGUGGAGCAUCCUAAGACCCCAGGACUGGGAUUCGGUGCAUUCCACGGUCUACCUAAAGGUCCGGCACACAAACGAUCCCUACCACCUCUAGAUGGACUGGGUAUCGUUUUCCCUGCUCAAGAAGCACUUCAUUCACUUGGUGAACCCGCUUUGAGAACACAAGGAGCUCAACAUCCACAAUUAGGAAGACUCACUCCUGAAACUUUGGUAGAUUUGGAGGUCGUACUUAAAGGUGUGGAAAAAGCAGAGAAGCUUGUGAACCCAAGGAGAUCUAGACGAGCAGCGAUGAAGAACAAAGACAACAAUAUUAUUCAAGAGGAUUCUUUGGAGAAGAUGGGACAAAUGGGUGAUCUGAAGAAAUCGUUGAAUGGACUCAACAUUAUGGAUAAGACGGAAGUUGACCAAGUGAAGAAAGAAGAAAACGGAGUCAAGAUGAAAUACGGUAAGAACCCGUUGACUAAACCAGACGAAAAUCAACUUGAAAAGGUUCAGGUGGUGAAACCUGAGGCCGCGGCGAUCAAACCGAUCGAUGGGAAUAUGUACAAAAUCGCGCAGACCACUUCUCAUGGUGGGGAGAAUGUCAGAAGGGAAGUCAAGGGGAAUGUGGAUGAUGAGAUCAAGGAUACUCAGAAGAAAGUUGGAGAUGGGAAUAACGACACUGGGAAGAAGGUUGAAGAUGGGAGUAAAGAUACCGAGAAGAAAUUAGGAGAUGGUAACAAAGAUAUUUUGAAGAACAUCGGAACGGGAUCUCAAGAAUCUCAGGCAGAGUUGGGAAAAGGUGUGAAAGGUAAAACAGGUAAGAAGGGAAAGAGGAUGUUGGAAGUGGAAUAUGGAAAGAUGUGGAGGGGUGCGAAGGAGUUAUCCGACAUGGAUGACUUUCCGUUCUUUGGUUGA